UGGGUAAAUGACUUAUUUUGCUACCUACGUUGUUGCAUGGAGGUAAAAUGUCUCAGACAGCUAAAAGAGCCUGUCCGAGACCUCUGAAUGACAGUUUGGAGAAAAUAAUUAAACGGAUCUCCGUUGAAGGGAAUAUUGCGGCGGGUAAAACCACGUUUGUGCGCCUUUUGGAGGAGCAUGACCGAGAAUGGGAGAUAGUACCAGAACCCAUCGCUAGAUGGUGCAAUGUACAAACUCACCUUGAUGAUUGUGAGGAACUAACCACCUCUCAGAAGAGCGGAGAAAACAUUCUGCAGAUGAUGUACAAGAAGCCCGAGCGCUGGGCGUACACCUUCCAGAAUUACGCCUGCAUGAGUCGUAUACGCUCCCAGAUCAAACCCACCAAUGAGAAACUCCGAGAGGCGGAGAAUCCCGUGCAGUUCUUUGAACGAUCCUUGUACAGCGACAGGUAUAUCUUUGCCUCUAACCUCUAUGAGAGUGACUGUAUGAAUGACACUGAGUGGGCAGUCUAUCAGGACUGGCACAGCUGGCUUCAUAAACAGUUUGGGAAGCACAUUAAACUGGAUGGCAUCAUUUACCUGCGGGCAAAACCAGAGCGGUGUUUGGAGCGACUGCAUUUGAGAGGAAGGGAAGAGGAACAAGGAAUUCCACUGGAAUAUCUGGAGAAACUUCACUGUAAACAUGAAUGCUGGUUACAGCACAGGACAAUGAGGAUGGAGUUUGAGUAUCUAAAUGAAGUGCCGGUUCUUACUCUGGAUGUUAAUGAUGAUUUCAAAGACAACAACAACAAGUAUGCUGAUAUGAUCGAGAAGGUUAAAGAAUUUCUGAGCAUUCUAUAAUUGUGAAGAGAAAUGGUGCUUUUUGUUGUGUGUUUUUACUUUUAUUCCUUCUGAAUUCAGUCAUGAAGAAUGGUAAUAAAUCUCUUUUAAAGGGAAUGUAAUAAAUGUUUUUAAGAUGUUUUUUUCAACCACCCUGCUCAGCUUUUAAUUGGUCGCUGCCGAAGAUGCUCAGGUGUGUUGUUAUAUCCAGAAUGCCCAUAUAAGUUAGAAACAGUAAAUAGGAGUGGUGGUGGCUAAGUGGGCUACAGCACAUAUCUGGUAAUCAGAAGGUUGCUGGUUUGAUCCCCACAGCCACCACCAUUGUGUCCUUGAGCAAGGCACUUAACUCCAGGUUGCUCCAGGGGGAUUGUCCCUGUAAUAAGUGCACUGUAAGUCGCUUUGGAUAAAAGCAUCUGCCAAAUGCAUAAAUGUAAAUGUAAACUUGUGUUUGUUGGAACAUUUGACUAAAUGUUGAAUAAGUAUACAAUACCAACCUUUGCAAGUAUCAGAUACAUGUUUACCUUUCAGGGUUCUCACUGUUAUGGAAAUGGAAUGAUUGUGAAAAUUCAGGGAAAUUUCUAUAGUCCACAUUAAUUUUCUAGUUUUUUUGUGUUUGAAUCCUCACUUGAACCACAUUGAAGUAAAAGGAGGGGUUUUUGUGUGCCUUUUUCAAGAUAUUUCUAAACAAAGAAUUAUAAUUGUUAAAAUAUAUUAAUUCCAAGGAGUUGUACCUAAAAUACAGGAGUAAUUCUGCCCCAGCAAGCUUUAGUAAAGGUUUCUAAAAGUACUUAACUAGUAAUCAUUACUAUUAUUAGUCAACUAUUUAUUGGUCAACCUUGUGUGGGAACCCUGACCCUUAUAAUGUGUCAAUAUAAAUGUAAACUUGCACUGAAAAAUGAAUGCUGUAGCUUUUAAAUAUUA